GCGCAGAGGAGAGGCGCUGUGGAGGCCGGCGGCGCCGCGCGACCCCUGGGUGGGGGGAGAGCCGCGCGAGCUCUGGCUCACGUGACCUGCGGCGAGCGGAGGCGGGGGGCGAGUGCCUGCCUCCCGCAGUGCCUCUGCCUGGCGAGGCGCCCCUGGCGCGCGGACCCGCCUGGGGGAGGGGCCGCGGCCACCCGUCCGUCGCCUGAGGCGGCCGCAGCUGCCGCUCCGUCGCGGCCGCCGCGCUCCCGGGGCUCGCCGGCCCGCGGGAGAAAUGUUGCUGAAGUGCUCCUGAAAGGGCCAGAGAUGCAAGGAUUUGGGACACAUUUUGAACCUUUAAGCUGUCUGACAUUGACCUCCUUUCAUUAUUAAUAAAGAAGAAGCAGGAGCUUAGGAUGUAUUAACACCAACUCAUUAAUAUACUAACCGGACAAUGUUCUGCAACAAUUCUACAUUGUAAAGAACUGGAUUGGCACUAAAUAAAAUAAUUUCAUAUUUUACUCAGCUUAUAAUAUGACUCGAUGGAGGAAAAUUUGAUAAGCAUGAGGGAAGACUAUUCUUUUCAUGUUCGUUACAGAAUGGAAGCUUCUUGCCUAGAACUGGCCUUGGAAGGGGAACGUCUGUGUAAAUCAGGAGACUGCCGUGCUGGUGUGUCCUUCUUUGAAGCUGCAGUUCAAGUUGGAACUGAAGACCUAAAAACACUUAGUGCUAUUUACAGCCAGCUGGGCAAUGCUUAUUUCUAUUUGCAUGAUUAUGCCAAAGCAUUAGAAUAUCAUCAUCAUGAUUUAACUCUUGCAAGGACUAUUGGAGACCAGCUGGGGGAAGCCAAAGCUAGUGGUAAUCUGGGAAACACCUUAAAAGUUCUUGGGAAUUUUGAUGAAGCUGUAGUUUGUUGUCAGCGACACCUAGAUAUUUCUAGAGAGCUUAAUGACAAGGUGGGAGAAGCAAGAGCACUUUACAAUCUUGGAAAUGUGUAUCACGCCAAAGGGAAAAGUUUUGGCUGCCCUGGUCUUCAGGACAUGGGAGAAUUUCCAGAAGAAGUGAGAAAUGCCCUUCAGGCAGCUGUGGAUUAUUAUGAGGAAAACCUAUCACUAGUGACUGCUUUGGGUGAUCGAGCAGCCCAAGGACGUGCCUUUGGAAAUCUUGGAAAUACACAUUACCUACUUGGCAACUUCAGGGAUGCGGUUAUAGCUCAUGAGCAGCGUCUCCUUAUUGCAAAAGAAUUUGGAGAUAAAGCAGCUGAAAGAAGAGCAUAUAGCAACCUUGGAAAUGCAUAUAUAUUUCUUGGUGAAUUUGAAACUGCCUCUGAAUACUACAAAAAGACACUACUAUUGGCUCGACAGCUUAAAGACAGAGCUGUUGAAGCACAGUCUUGUUAUAGUCUUGGAAACACAUAUACUUUGCUUCAAGACUACGAAAAGGCCAUUGAUUAUCAUCUGAAGCACUUAGCAAUUGCUCAAGAGCUAAAUGAUAGAAUUGGUGAAGGAAGAGCAUGUUGGAGCUUAGGAAACGCAUACACCGCUCUAGGGAAUCAUGAUCAAGCGAUGCAUUUUGCUGAAAAGCACUUGGAAAUUUCAAGAGAGGUUGGGGAUAGAAGUGGUGAACUAACAGCACGACUAAAUCUCUCAGAUCUUCAAAUGGUUCUUGGUCUGAGCUACAGCACAAAUAAUUCAAUAAUGUCUGAAAAUAUUGAAAUUGAUAACAGUUUGCAUGGUGCACGCCCCAAGUUCGGACGCCGACACAGUAUGGAAAACAUGGAACUUAUGAAGUUAACACCAGAAAAGGUACAGAACUGGAACAGUGAAAUUCUUGCUAAACAAAAGCCUCUUAUUGCCAAACCUUCUGCGAAGCUGCUCUUUGUCAACAGAUUGAAGGGGAAAAAAUGCAAAACUAAUUCCUCCACUAAAGUUCUCCAAGAUGCCAGUAAUUCCAUUGAUCACCGAAUUCCAAAUUCUCAGAGAAAAGUCAGUACAGAUACUAUUGGAGAUGAAGGGUUCUUUGACCUGGUAAGCCGAUUUCAGAGCAAUCGGAUGGAUGAUCAGAGGUGCUGCUUACAAGAACACAGCUGUGGGCCAGCUUCAACUGCAGCUUCUUCCACUCCCCCUAGAGUGAUGCUAAAAACACCAUCUGUUUCCAUGGUAUCCCCCAACACGGAUGAGUUUUUAGACCUUCUUGCCAGCUCACAGAGCCGCCGUCUUGAUGACCAGAGGGCCAGUUUCAGUAAUUUGCCAGGGCUUCGUCUGACACAAAACAACAAUAAGUCUGUCCUUGGCCACCUGAUGACUAAUGACAACAAAGAGCCUGAUGAAGACUUCUUUGACAUCCUUGCAAAAUGUCAAGGGUCCAGAUUAGAUGAUCAAAGAUGUGCUCCACCACCUACUGCCACAAAGGGACCAACAGUACCAGAUGAGGACUUUUUUAGCUUGAUUUUACGUUCUCAGGCAAAAAGAAUGGAUGAACAAAGAGUUCUUUUACAACGAGAUCAAAACAGAGACACUGAAUUUGAACUGAAGGACCUUUUGCAAAGUAAUGCUUUGUUGGAAUUUAAAAAUACAGGAAAAAAAUAAGCAAACCGCUAGUUAUUAUGGAUAUUUUUUUAAAACGACCUUAUUUCCUUUCAGAACACUGAAGGGAAAUUCAAUCUAUUACUUCUUCCUUAAGAGGAGAAAUUAUAGCACUGUAAUACAGCUUAAAAUGUUCUAGAAUGAUGUAAAUAUUUAACCUUUAGUAGUAUGAUAUUAACAUUCCUCUGGACACGCACUUGUUGCAGGGUGGAGGGGUCUUAUAAAAGGUGCUUCAUCAACUUUUGUGAUUAAGGCUCAGGAUUGUGUUCUUUGGCAACUUGUUAGAUUCCUUUACCUAGAGUUUGUAAAGUAGGAAGAUAAAUGAAUCUAGACUAGAAUUUAAUCCUCUUGCUGAGAUAAUUUUUUUUUAAUCUUAAUUGACAAUGGCAUUCUUCUAUACUGAACCAUGGAUGUAGUGAGAAAUUUUGCUGUUUAGUAAAAAUAACUUACCUGACCAAUGUGUAAAAAA